AUGGCGCAAACUGGGCUUCUUGACUCCUUCCUGGCCGCCAUCCAAGCCUCGCUGUCGGUCUUGCUCGUCAUCUUCUACGGAGGCGUGGCCGCGCACCUGAAGCUGCUCAAUGGCGCCAACACAAAAGCAAUCAGCAAAAUAUGCGUGCGCAUGUUCCUGCCCGCCCUGCUCAUUGUCGAUAUUGGCUCUCAACUGCACUCUGGCUCCGCGAAUCGGUACCUGGUUAUAUUCGUCUGGGCCCUCAUCUGCCACUUCAUCUCCUUUAUGAUUGGCAUCAUGGCACAUUUCUGGCUGGGCAUGCCCGACUGGACCACGGUGGCGCUGAUGUUCAAUAAUACCACCUCCUACCCGCUGUUACUGGUCGCGGCCUUGGACGAAACAGGGAUUCUCCGCACUCUGAUUGUGACGGACGAAACCACCAGCGCGAUGGUCGCCCGCGCAAAGUCGUACUUCUUGGUCUUCGCCACAGUUAGCAGCUGUUUGACGUUCGCCGUGGGUCCAAGGUUGAUCGACACGGAAAACGCGCCCGAGGUCGACGACUCGAAAGAAGGAGCAGACGAUCAUGGCGAAGCAUUCGACGCUAUUGAGCAGCAGUAUCGCGAUCAGGAGAGCGGAAACGCCGACGAACAGACCGCCCUGCUGCAGAGUCCAUCCACGUCCAGUCCGCACAGUGGUCCCAAUGAACGGCGCUCGACCGUCACCUUCACCUCAGCCUUGAAUUAUGCUGAGAACGCCUUCUUCCCUUCUACCCGUCGGUCGUCCAUUGGGCCCAGGCAGUCCCAGCCGUCCAUACGACGGUCCUCGCUCUCUAUCCCGCAAAACCGCCGCGCCUCCAUCGUGCCCAAGAAGCAAUGGUACAAACUGGGGCCUCGCGCCAAAUGGUGGCUGCUGUUCAUCAGCGACUUCUUCAAUGCUCCGCUCCUGGGCGCAAUCAUCGGAGCAGUAAUCGGUCUUGUCCCCGUUUUGCAUCGCUCCUUCUUCAACGACACGUACGAAGGAGGCAUAUUCACCGCCUGGCUGACCGCCUCUCUGAAGAGUAUUGGCGGCCUGUUCGUGCCGUUGCCCGUCGUCGUCGCGGGCGUGAGUCUCUACACAGCCAUGAAGGAAGCGCGAAACGCAAGGUCUGACACAUCGGCCGACAAGCCAAAGAAGAUGCCCUGGAUCACCGUGACUUUCAUCAUGGUGAUCAGGUUCGUCAUCUGGCCGGCUGCGAGCAUCUCCUUUGUAUAUCUGGUGGCGAAGAAGGGAACCAUCUUGGGAAGUGACCCCAUGUUGUGGUUUGCGAUGAUGUUGAUGCCGACCGGACCGCCCGCCAUGAAACUCAUAACCCUCAUCCAAGUCAGUGACGCUGAGGAGGAGGACGAACGGAACAUUGCAAAGCUGCUGACGAUCUCGUACCUGAUCUCACCGAUCCUGAGUUUCACAGUUGUAGGCGCCCUGCAGGCCGCGCGGGCCGCCAUUCCCGGGUAA